AUGAAAAAGAUCGAAUACGAAUGGCUUUUUGCAAUCUUAAUUUUCACUCCUCUCAUCUUUGCUGCAUACUUUUUCUUCUACGGUCGUGUUUGGUCGUUGAAAUCGUCCUAUAAUGUCGUACCGACGAACAGAUAUUCAUCAAAAGAAAUAUAUCUAGGAGUGACACAGCAUUGGAUUCGAACUGUCAAUAACCAGUCGAUCAAUCCACAUCUUCUGGUAUUAGUCUUAAAUAAAGAUAAAUAUUCUUGGGGUCAAGACGAACAAAAUUCUUCAUUUCGAACAUUUUGGUCCUUCAUCAGCACUAUAAAAUCGUCGCGUUUUCCACCAAGCGACAUGUCUUUGGGAUUGCUCACAUCAUCCACAGAGGAAUAUCAUAAGUAUAGAAAAAUCUUAGAAGUAAUUUCGACGGAUGAUGAAGAACUCUUCGUUCGUGUUCAUCUCAUCUAUCAUCCAGGCUAUGGUGAUCAAACGCAUGAUAUAAAUCUCGAUAAUGAUCGUCAAGAACGUCAUGAAGAAACUGUACAAAAAAAACGUCGACGUCUUCUAGCACGUUUACGAAACUAUUUGAUGUUAUCUUCUCUACAAUCAGAAGAUCAUAUCAUCUGGCUCGAUGCUGAUGUCUAUUUCUCCUCUGAUCAACUCUUACAGAUGUUAAUCGAAAAAUCUCUCGAUUCGAAACAAACACAAGAUCUGCCUGUUGGAUUACUUACUGUUCGUUGUGCUUUCCAACGCGAUCCUCAUUCGAAUUAUGAUCUUAAUGCUUGGUCAGGUUCUCGUCAAACUCCGACUGCGAAACAACUGGAACUCAUACGAAGAGGUGGUAGUUUCACCGGUCGACCAACCAAAGAUACAAAAAUGCUCGAUACCUUAUUGAAGGGAACCUCGAAUGAGAAUUUAGUCAAAUUGGAUAGUGUAGGUGGAACGAUUCUGUAUAUCAAAGCUGAUCUUGUUCGUCAGGGUCUUGUGUUUCCACCGUAUUAUGUUGUCGGCACCGAAUGGAAUAUGUCAGAAGGUUGGGAUGGAAUUGAAACAGAAGGACUUUGUUACAUUGCCAGAAAUCUAGGCUACGGCUGUUAUGCACUUGGCGGAGAUUGGGUUGUUACACACACAAAUUACUAA